AUGGCUGCUCCUCCUCCACCUCCCCCUCCUCCCCCAAUGGGUGGAAUGCCUCCAGCAAACUCAAAUUCAGCUCCAGUACCAAAUAAAUCGGUAAUGAAAGGUAGAGAUGCUUUAUUAGGUGAUAUUAGAAAAGGUUCAAGAUUGAAAAAAGCUCAAACCAAUGAUAGAAGUGGACCACAAUUAAGUAGUGGUGGUGUCGUUGGCUCCAACAAUAAUAAUAACAAUAGCAAAAGUAGUAGUAGUCCUAUGGGUGCUCCCUCGAUUCCUACGGGCGCCCCAAUGAUUCCAACAGGGGCUCCACAAUUAGGUGAUAUCCUAGCAGGUGGUAUACCAAAAUUACAUCACGUCGAUAAAUCGACUGAAUCAAUUCCUUCAGCACCUGCACCUUCAGCACCUGCACCUUCAAUGCCAAGUUCAAGACCAAAGAGAGGGGCUCAUAAGAAGAAAAACUCAAUUUCAAAUGUAUCCGUAAGCACAGUUGCAUCAGCACCACCAAUUCCAGGUGCUCCACCUCCACCUCCAACAAUGGGCGCCCCGGUUAUUCCUGUGGCUCCCGUGGCUCCUAUUGCACAUGCUCCAUCAGCACCUUCAAUUCCUCCUGCUCCUCCAUCAUUUACACCAUCCUUACCAUCAGCUCCACCUCCACCUCCUAUGUCUUCUGCACCAAGCAUUCCGGGACCUGCUCCUCCCGCCCCACCUGCUCCUCCUGCAUUCAUACCAACUGCACCACAAGCACAUCCCUCUUCUUCUUCUCCAGCUUCCAAUAAUGCGCCUAAUGCCCCUGCAUUGCCUUCUGGUGGUGCAUUACCAUUCUUAGGAGAAAUCAACGCAAGAAGAUCAAACAAAGGUGUCGUGAAUGGAACAAGUACAAAUACAAAGAGUAGCAACAGUAAUCAUGCCCCUCAAAUGUCAGCACCUUCACCUUCUGUUCCAUCACAUCCAUCCAAACAUUCGCCUCAUAAAAAGAACUCAUCGGUAUCUAAACCAACAGCUGCACCUGAUAUACCGAUGGCACCUCCUCCUCCACCAUCGCAAACACAGACAAAGGCACCAGCAAUCCCAACUAUGGGUGCACCAGCAAUCCCAACAAUGUCAGCACCAAGUAUACCUUCAGCACCUGCACCAUCAGCACCUGAACUCCCAACGAUGAGUUCACCCAGUAUACCUAGUGCACCCGCUCCAGUUGCUCCAGAAAUCCCUUCAAUGAAUGCUCCUCCUGCUCCUCCAUCAUUUAUACCAGCAGCACCGCCUGCUCCACCUUCAAUGCCAAUGGCUCCACCUCCACCUUCAAUGACAGCAAAACCGCAUAAAUCGAGCAAGAAACAUUCUGCAUCGUCCAAUGUUAACCCACCAUCGUCACAACCAGCUCCAAGCUCUGCUGGUGGACCACUGCCAUUCUUAGCCGAAAUUCAAAAGAAGAGAGAUGAUAGAUUUGUCGUGGCGGAAGAAUCAUCAUAUACAACAGCCACUGAACAACAUAGUACCUCGAAUACUCCUGUACCAUCGGCACCUCCAAUAUCGUCUCUACCUUCUGCACCACCUUUUACAAGUCAUUCAUCAAACGCAGCACCUGAACCUCCAAGUGCCCCACAUGUGCCAACUCCAGCCGGUGCUGGUAUGUCAUUCCUAAAUGAAAUUGAAUCAAAGAUGAAAGCUCAUCAGCAUCCAGAGAGUGCAGCUCCAUCCAUACAACAUGCACCAGCUCCCCCAGCUCCCCCAUCGGGUGCCGCCCCUAUGGCUCCAGCACUCCCAUCUAUGACUGCACCAGUUAUUCCACCGACACCGGCCCCGGUACCUACCCAUGCUCCAUCUAUUCCAGGUGCAAGCGCUCCAAGUAUUCCAGUAGCUCCUCCACCACCACCUUCUAAUACUACCCCAACUAUGCAUGCCCCACCCCCACCUCCAACGGCUGCAUUUGCACCUUCUGCUCCUCCACCACCUCCGAUGUCUCCAUCACCUAUACUAUCAAACGAGAACGUACGUAAAGUGUCCUCGCCUUCAACAUCCCCACGACCUACAUCGUCCAGCUUUUCAACAUCAAAACCAAUAAAGGGUAGACUGUUUGGAAGUGGUGAAAGUACAAUGUCGAAGAACACCACCAAGAUUAAACCUGAAUCAUAUACAUUGAAUGUUGAGUCCGCUCAUUCUUCCCAAAAUGACAAGAAGAUUGAAAUCGAUGAUUCCAGAUUUAAUUGGAGCGUCAAUGCAUCACAGAUACCGGCUCCUAGAAGGUUUGGAGGGUUGAAAAAACUAUAUCCAAGUGGUAGCGGUAGUACUGUACCAUUAAAUCUAAGUCUAUACAAAUAA